AUGGAUCCUCCAAAUCUCCUCCUCUUGCUUCUUCUCACCUUUGCUUCCACCAUUAACGCCCAACUCCUGGCGAACUACUGUGGUUCGACCGGCAACUUUACGGCCGACAGCGCCUACCAAACCACCCUCACCAACCUCCUCACCUCCAUCUCCACCAACUCCUCGUUGCUCAACUAUGGCUUCUUCAAUGCCUCCUCCGCCGUCUCCGGCACCUCCCAAACCCUUUACGUCAUCGGCUCCUGCCGUGGUGACCUCGCUGCCGAGAGCUGCCGCACCUGCCUCAACACCUCGGCCUCCGACAUACGCCGCCUCUGCCCCGUCCAGAAGGAGGCGGUCCUCUACAGCGAGUUCUGCAACGUCAGAUACUCUGACGCCUCGAUCUUCGGCAUAGUUAAGACUGAACCCAGUUACACUUUGUCCAACACGGGCAACGUCGCAAGCCAGGUCAUGUACAAGCUGGGGGAGAGAUGGAAGGUAUGCAGCGCGAGGCAGCCGGCAGUGGCUCACUGA